UCGUCCGGCAGGUAGAUUGCUUUGCUGCACGACCCGUUCUGCAAACAUUUGACACUCCACCCGUUACCCCUUACCACAUCACACAUCCUUAAAGAGAGACCGAGAAAACCUGGGAAAUUCUGCUAUUUUCCCAUAAGCCUGCAAAUGGGUCAAUCUCUAAUUUCUUCAACGACAUUUUCUCAGAGUCUGAGACACUGUCAAAUACCCAAAUCAGUUUUGCCACUUAUACAGCAAAAUCUGCUUCUUCCAUUGAAUUUCACUAGGGGUUAUUGUAGUUUCAGAAGCCUGGAACAUGGGUUCCCCAGGAUUAUACCCUGCGCCACAACACCCACGAGAAGAUUCUGCACGAAAUCUCUGUUGUCCGAAAUUCCCAAUGAGAAGCGAUACUCGAAAGUGGGAGCCGAAUCAACUGGACCAAUACCUUCGAAGCAACUCCUUGAAGUUGUUGAAAAUGCUGCGAAGACUGGCGCAGAGGUUGUGAUGGAUGCAGUCAAUAAGCCUCGGAAUAUUAAUUAUAAAGGGCUCACAGAUUUGGUUACUGACACAGAUAAAAUGAGUGAAGCUGCUAUUCUAGGAGUGUUGAGAAAGAACUUUGAGGAACAUCUUAUUCUUGGGGAGGAGGGUGGGCUUAUUGGAGAUACAUCUUCUGAUUAUCUUUGGUGCAUUGAUCCUUUAGAUGGAACAACAAAUUUUGCACAUGGCUAUCCGAGUUUUGCAGUAUCAGUAGGAGUUUUAUUUCGAGGAAAGCCAGCUGCUGCUGCUGUGGUAGAGUUUGUUGGGGGCCCAAUGUGUUGGAAUACCCGCAUAUUUUCUGCAUCUGCAGGUGGUGGGGCCUUUUGUAAUGGGAAAAAGAUUCAUGUUAGUCAUACUGAGAAGGUGGAGCAUUCUCUUCUUGUUACAGGAUUUGGAUAUGAACAUGAUGAUGCAUGGGCAACAAACAUGGAUUUAUUCAAAGAAUUUACAGAUGUUAGCAGGGGAGUGAGGCGGCUUGGUGCAGCUGCAGUGGACAUGUGCCAUGUUGCACUGGGAAUUGUGGAAAGCUACUGGGAAUAUCGUCUAAAACCAUGGGAUAUGGCUGCUGGUGUUCUGAUGGUUGAAGAAGCAGGUGGGGCUGUUACACGCAUGGAUGGUGGAAAGUUCUGUGUGUUCGAUAGAUCUGUAUUGGUUUCCAAUGGUCUUCUACAUGCAAAGCUUUUGGAAAGGAUAGGUCCGGCAACAGAGAAGCUGAAGAACAAGGGAAUUGACUUCUCUCUGUGGUUUAAGCCAGAAAACUAUAGCACAGAUUUUUGAACAGACACCAAUUCUUUAUUUUAUCUUUUCUAGAAAGCUAUGUACUAGCAGAGGUUACUCUUUUCUGAGGUUGUAGUAAAUAAAAAUUCCAUUGCCUUGUGUGUAUUUAAUAACAUUGUUAUUGAUAUUUGUUUGAUCAUUUCUUAAAAUGAAAAGUUGUAAUUGGAGAAAAAAAAA